AUGAGGUCUCUCCCUUGCUUUUCACCGUUGGAAACCGAGACCGGUUACCACACAAUGGAGGCACGCAUCCUUCUGGAAAAGAAACUCACACGCUGCAGCCCCUCCGCGCCAUCCCACCGCCCCGAUCCCCCCCCCGGACACGACAGCCAGCAGAGCAGCACACCUCCAAGCCCGCCCAACAACCCACCAGCCGCCAACCACAGUCCGGCACCCGACCAUGGGCCAGAACCACAGGAGGAAGCAGUAGAAGAAAGCCACGGCAGCACCAGUUACCGGAAACCCCGCCAACUCCACCCCCAAAUCCCGGGGGCGCCCCAGCCCGCCGGCCACCCGCACCCCCGCAUGGCGCACCACGGCCCACCAAGCAGUCCAGCCGGCCAGCCCCUCCACCAAAGCGGGGCCACAUCCCAAUCAUGUUCAGGGAUAUUGCCUGGGACAGCUUAA